AUGGAUAACCUACCAGAAGACGUGCAACGUUACCUUGACGAACUGGUCAAGCGUCUCACCGACCAUCUCAAAGACCAAUUGGUCGGCGUGUACCUGUUCGGCUCAGCCAGCUAUGACGCCUAUCAGCCCGGCCUCAGCGACCUCGACGUACAGGCGAUCGUUAAAAGUCCACUCGAAACCAGUGAAAAAGAAGCGAUAAUCUAUCGCCUGACCCAGCAGAACUUGCCCUGUCCGGCCACGAAGCUCGAGUUUGUCGUGUAUGCCCAAGGCUCUGUGAAUCCCGCGAACCGCCACCCCGCCUUCGAACUCAAUCUGAACACAGGGCCUUACCAAUCCGAUCACAUCAGCCUCGACCCCGCAAACGAAUCAAGCCACUGGUUCCUGCUCGAUAUUGCCAUGGGACGUCAACUGGGCCGCUGCUUGUAUGGCGCUGAUCUCGCUGAGGCUUUUGGGGCCAUUCCUCGUCGCUGGGUCCUUGAGGGAAUGGCAGACUCCCUCGCAUGGCACCAGGCAAACGAAGCUACGUCAACGAACAGCGUGCUGAACGCUUGCCGAAGCUGGCGAUACAUUGCCACAGGGGAGUUUUGCUCAAAGUUAGAGGGUGCCAACUGGGCCAUGAAGCAAGACAAUUGUCCUGCCGUUAUCCAACACGCCGUUGAGGGUCGCAAAACAGGUGAUAAACUCGAUGCUGGUCAGGUAAUGAAACUCUACGACGUAGUCGUCAAGGCUAAUCUCGGCAAGCUUGAGACAGAGGAUAAUUGA